GGUGAUUGAAUUUCCGUUUGACAAAAACAAAAACAAAAACAAAAACAAAAACAAAAGCAAAAGGAAAGAAGAAGAGGAAACGGUGAUUCGUAGGGGAGAGAUAGAGAGAGAAACGAACAUCUUCGAAGAGGACAGGUGAUUCGUCUCUCGAUCGAAUUUUCAAGACUCCAUUCAGCAGCACCUCCAUCUAUCACUGCCAGUCUAAUCACCGUUUUCGCAGACCCAUCUUGAAUGUACGACCAUCGAUUCAGGUUUGACGCUUCCGAAAUGAAAUCCGGGCUCCGGCCAAGCUGCCCAGGACCGGCCUCGGAAGAGGAGAGAUUAAUGCUCAAGGGUGGAAGGAGCUUUAUUUCUUCCCCGCCGGCAUUUUCAAAUGACGCAAAGAAGUUGCUUAUUUGCACCGGAAAUACCGUAUCUGUCUUCAGCACGUCAACCGGCUUACAGAUCACGGAGUUGGAAGGUCACACAGAGCUCGUAUCAUCGAUCGUAAUCGCUCCAGCUUCCACCCCUGCUAGUAAAAUCUUGUGCUAUUGUUGGACAGGCUCGCUCGAUGGCACCAUUAGGCAUUGGGACUUUUCAGUUCCAGAAUUGAUGAAGAAGAUUGACAUUCGCUUUCCAAUUUACUCCAUGGUAAUUCCAAGUUUAUUCAUACAAUCAAUGGAGACUCAGGAAAAAACACAUGACCUUUUUGCAUAUGUGUCUACCGCAGAGGCAAAUCAACAAGAUAAGCAGCCUAAUGCUUUACAUGGAAAAAUUCGGAAGUGUAACUUAACCAAGUCUCGUUUAGCUGGUGGAGUUACUUUGGCAGAGACUCCAAAACCUGAAUUUAUAUCCAUCUGUUCCUCUGGAAAUUACUUUGGCAUCCAAGACAAGUGCAAGAUUCAUAUAUGGAAGGUCCCAGCAAAAGAUUCUGAACGUCAUGACAUUAAGAAGAUAAGGUUGCAUCAUACUAAAAAGUUGACUACUCUUGCUUUUCAUCCAACGAAGAGAAUUGUAGCGGCUGGUGAUGUAACUGGUAGGAUCUUAAUUUGGAGGGGUUUUGGUAAUAGAGCAUUCUUGUUAAGUGACAAACUAAUAAAGGAGGCAUUGACGAGCAAUGAUGAUGAAAGGCCUGGGGUAAGGGGGGAUGAUGAUGCCGAUUCCUGCACCACAUGGCAUUGGCAUUCUGCCGAAGUGAAGCUUCUCCUUUUCUCUUCUGAUGGAGCUUAUCUUUAUUCAGGUGGAAAGGAAGGAGUUCUUGUGGUCUGGCAAUUAGACACAGGGAAGAAGAAAUUUCUUCCACGGAUUGGAUCCGCACUCCAGUUUUUUACCAUUUCUUUUGAUCCUUCACUUUCUUCUGUAUCUUGUGCAGAUAACCAAAUUCAUCUCCUGAAGAUGCCUUCAAUGGAAAUUUUGAAGUCCAUUGCUGGGAUCAAGCUUCCUUGUUCAGUCCCAGAGAUAAAAGGCUCAUGCAGUGGAUUUGCCUUUGAUUACACUUCUGGAUUAGUUGCUGUAUGUGCAGAGAACUACUGCAUUCAAUUGUACAGCUUGUUUGAUGACCGCGAAAUUUCUCAGGUUCAAAUCUGUGAAAGAAACCAUCAACCGGGUGAUGAACUAACGGUGAUGGUGACUUUAGUAGCCCUCUCACUAGAUGGCUGUGUAAUGGGUACCGUGGAAACUAGGUUACCAGAAGAAGGCAUAGGAGGUCUUGUCAGUCUUAAGUUUUGGACACGUGGACAGCAGAACAAAGACUUCAGCUUGUCCACCGUCGUAUAUGAGCCACACCGGGAGUCUGACAUUUCAGCUAUUGCUUUUCAUCCUACCAGUCGUAUGGCUGUUAGCAGCUCCUAUGGUGGUGACUUCAAGGUUUGGAUUCGCAAUCAUGAGAUUAGGCAGAAAGAUCAAAUGCUGCAGAAAACUGGGUGGACAUGCCAUGCUGUUGGUUCAUACAAGAAAAAGCCCUUGACAGCGGCUGCGUUUUCUGCUGAUGGGUCUGUUCUAGCUGUUGCUGCAGAAACUGUUAUUACAUUGUGGGAUCCCGAAAAGAACGUUCUCGUGGCUGUUAUUGGAGAUAGCCUAGAGCCAAUCGAGAGCCUGUCAUUUCUCGGGAAGUCAGAACAUCUUGUGUCUACAAGUCGAGGUUCAAACCCACAAGUCUCUGUUUGGAGUAUGUCAAAGCUUUCUGUUUCUUGGUCAUAUAAGCUCCAAGCAGAAGCUGUAACGUGCUCAUUGGAUGAUUCUUCCUUUGCUGUUCUUGCACGUCUCCCAGAGUCAUCUAAACUUACAGAGUCUAAUGAAACCACGUUACAAAGUAAAGAUGGGGCAAUAUUGUUAUUCAAUGUUGGAGACCCAGUUCCUGUGGCUACCUGGUUUGUAGAGAAGUCUAGGGGAGGGGGCCUUUCUUUUCUUCACACAAAUCAAGCUUCCUCAGAUGAUAAGAUUUCCGAUGAAAAUUCAGCCUCUGUCUUGCUUGCAUACCUAAAUGGUGAUCAUGAAUACGUUGUCUUCAACCCCUAUGGCGAACAGGAGGGAGGCGUUGCUCACAGGCGCAGUAUAGUUGGAUUGGAAGAGACUGGACAAAUUGGGUAUUCUUCAAUUUAUGGUGAGCUAUCAGAGUUUGAAUUGAAGAGAAAUCAGACUCAACCAGGCCCAUUGGUACCAUCUGAGAGGCCCUGGGAGACCAUAUUCAGUGGACCAUCUCAUAGCCUUCCUCCUCUUACCAAAUUAUGUUCCUCAUUUUUGGAAUCUCUGCUAGAGAAGAGAACUGUUGUCGUGGAGUAAUUGGGUCCCGGGCUAGGGGUGUUUGGGAACCUACUUUUUGACUUUUCAUUUUCAGCUUUUUGAUUUUUUGGCUUUUUAGAUUAUGGCCAGAAUGUAUUUUUAGUAUGGUAGGAGUGUUUGGGAGAUUUGUGCAAAAUGUAUUUUGAAAUGUAGUAGUGUUUGGUAGAUGAUUGUCGAAAAUGAAUUAUGGGUUGAAUUUUUACCA